AUGGCUCCUCACGCUUCCUCGGACGUUGCCAAUGGCACUGCGAACGGGUCGGCUCGCCAAGAGUCCUCGCCACUGUUUACUGUUCAGUCGCCCAAUGUCGUCUACACCCCGGACGAGAUCAAAAGUCAGUAUGCCUACCAGACUACUGAGGUGACUCGCACGGCGGACAACAAGCUGGUGGCAACUCCCAAGGCCACCAACUACCACUUCAAAGUCGACCGCAAGGUGGGCAAGGUCGGCAUGAUGCUGGUCGGUUGGGGUGGAAACAAUGGUUCCACCGUCACCGCUGGUAUCAUCGCCAACCGCCGUGGUCUGUCCUGGGAAACCCGCGAUGGUCAGCAGACUGCCAAUUACUAUGGCUCAAUCGUCAUGAGCUCCACCGUCAAGCUGGGCACUGAUGCUCAAACCGGCGAGGAUAUCAACAUCCCCUUCCGUGACCUGCUUCCUAUGGUUCACCCCAACGACAUGGCCAUCGGAGGUUGGGAUAUCAGCGCCCUGAACCUUGCUGAAUCCAUGGACCGUGCCCAAGUCCUGGAGCCUAGCCUCAAGAGCCAAGUUCGCAAGGAGAUGGCCGAGAUGACCCCGCUGCCCAGCAUCUACUACCCCGACUUCAUCGCUGCCAACCAGGAAGAUCGUGCAGACAACGUCAUCAAGGGCGACAAGGCCUGCUGGGCUCACGUAGAGCACAUCCAGAAGGAUAUUCGUGACUUCAAGGCUCAGAACGGUCUGGACAAGGUCAUUGUCAUGUGGACCGCCAACACCGAGCGGUACGCUGACAUUAUCCCCGGUGUCAAUGACACUGCCGAUAACCUGAUCAAUUCGAUUAAGGCUGGCCACGCUGAGAUUGCCCCAUCCACCAUCUUUGCCAUCGCCUCGAUUUUGGAGAAUGCCCCGUUCAUCAAUGGCUCGCCCCAGAACACUUUCGUGCCCGGUGCCCUUCAAUUUGCCGAGCAGCGUGGUGCUUUCAUUGGCGGUGAUGACUUCAAGUCGGGCCAGACCAAGAUGAAGUCUGCCCUGGUCGACUUCCUGAUCAACGCCGGUAUUAAGCUCACCUCCAUUGCCAGUUACAACCACCUGGGUAACAACGACGGCAAGAAUUUGAGCUCCCAGAAGCAGUUCCGCUCCAAGGAGAUCUCCAAGUCUAACGUUGUGGAUGACAUGGUCGCCGCCAACCACCUUCUAUACGAGAAGGAUGAGCACCCGGAUCACACCGUCGUCAUCAAGUACAUGCCUGCUGUUGGUGACAACAAGCGCGCCCUUGACGAAUACUACGCCGAGAUCUUCAUGGGUGGCCACCAGACCAUCAGUCUGUUCAACAUCUGCGAGGACUCGCUCCUAGCGUCGCCUCUGAUCAUUGAUCUGGUCGUGCUCGCGGAAAUGAUGACCCGUGUCACCUGGAAGGCUGACAGCGAGGGUACUGAUUACAAGGGCUUCCACAGCGUGCUCAGCGUUUUGAGCUACAUGCUUAAGGCUCCUCUGACCCCGCCUGGUACUCCCGUCGUCAACGCCCUCGGCAAACAGCGCUCGGCUUUGAUCAACAUCUUCCGUGCCUGUGUUGGUCUCCAGCCUGAAUCGGAGAUGACUCUUGAGCAUAAGCUCUUGUAG